UCUUAUUUAUUAUUUUAUAAAUAUUUAUUUUAUUGUACUUUUCAUUGAUGAAAAAUACAAUACUUGUUACUUUUACGGAUAAUAAUAUCUUUUAUUAUCAUUAAGAUCGGGUUAUGUUCUCACGCGCUACGCUGUUGUGUUUCACGCAAUUUCUCGUUUUUAGAACGUCAUGGAACAUCGUUUGAGUAUCAGGUUGAAUAACGCGUAACCAGCACUUUUUGAAUAAAAAAAAGCAGUGUUUGAUUGCCCUAGGUGAAUGAAUACAUCUCGACGAUAUUCCCUUGUAAAGUGCGACCGUUGUCACAAAAGUUCGAGAGCAUUUUGUUCGCUUUAAUCGCGGAGAAAGAGUAAGCGAUAACCUCAAAGAGAACGCUAGCUUGAUCCGGUCCACGUGUACUGACUUGACCGAAGUCAAUGGAUAUUUGAAUUAGACAAAUUGAUUGUUAAUUCUUAUGCCAUUUUUUAAACUGGAAAACUUGCUUGAACCUACAGCAUAUUUUAGAAUUGCUUUUCUUUUUCUUUAGAAAACAAGUGUAUACGAAAUAAAGAGUAUAUACGUGAAGAAGAAAUGUCGGGAAUGUUUCUAAUACUUUCUGGACAAAGAUCCACUUACAGUUGGCUUCAACAAUGUCGUGUGACACAUCUGUAUAGAAAUGUGAUCAAGGAUCACUUACGAAUACAUAGCGCAGUACAAUACUGUGUUUCUGUGAAAGAUAAAGAUAAACUUUUAUCUCAGAUAAACGAGUUUGAAUAUAAAAAUAAGGGAACUAAUAGUUUACAUGCAGAUGUUAGACAGAACAAAUUUACACAGCAAAAUCUGAAUGAAUUUGAAGAAAAGCAUGAUAAGUCUCACAGGAUUAACAAAGAACUUAUGAUUCAAAAAAGAAUGGAACGCUUCUACCAAGAUGUAAAAUCUUCUUUAUUGUCUAUUUAUGCGAUAGUAGGUCAUGAAUUAAAUGAUAAAAAUGUUUUAACUUCGAAUAUUAAAAAGAUUAAAAAACCUAAUGCGUGGGAAGUUACUCUUAAUGUUAAAUGGCCAGAAGAUAUGACCUUUAAAGAAAUUGGUAAAACCAAAGCACUUGCUUUCAAAAAUACAUUUUGGAAGUGCUUGCAUUGGUUGGAAACAAAUGGAAAAUUGAGAAAUGGCAAACCAAUUAUCUAUGAUGUGAAGGAAAUAAAAAAAAUGCGAAUACAGCCAGUUGAAUUAAAUGUUGUUCCUGAAAUGUUAAGCAGUAUGGCAAAUCUGAUUGAGACUUACGAUACGAAAAUACGAAGUAUAGUAUUAGAAAACACUUCCAAUACACAAACUGCACAGCAUCAGAUUACUUAUUUUCAUCCAAUACUUGAAGAAAAUUCUUCCGAGAAUGUUCUUCUUCGCAAUAAAAUAUUAAAAGAUAGAUUAUUGGAUAGACGUGCCGAUAAUGUCACUUUACCAAUCCACGAAUUUAAGGAUGAAAUUAUUUCCAAACUGGAAAACAAUAGAGUAUUAUUGAUAGAAGGUGAUACAGGUUGUGGUAAAACUACACAAGUUCCGCAAUUUAUAUUGGAUGCUUUCGCGCAGAAUGGGAAUGCCACAGAUUGCAAUAUAUUGGUGUCACAACCACGUAGAAUCUCGGCGAUCUCUUUGGCAGAUCGCGUCGCGUACGAAAGAAAAGAGAUGGUAGGAGAUGUUGUGGGUUUUCAUGUGAGACUGGAACAAGUACUGCCGAGAGGAUUGGGCGCAAUACUUUUUUGCACCACUGGUAUACUAUUGAGAAAACUACAGAGCAAUCCUAGUUUAGAAGGAUGCUCGCACGUCAUUUUAGACGAGGCUCACGAACGUCAGAUCGAUACUGACAUGCUAAUGAUUCUGCUCAAGAGAGCUCUCAAGAAAAAUCCUGAUUUAAAAGUACUGAUAAUGUCGGCGACUAUAAACACACAUAUGUUUCAACAGUAUUUCAAUUGUCCCACUGUACGAGUGCCUGGUAGAUUGUAUUCCGUAAAGAUGCAUUUUAUGGAAGAUAUCGUGCAUCUACCGAAUAUCCAGAAAUAUAAAACGUAUAUGUCGUAUAAUCGCUACACCGACGAAACUGAAAAGCUUUCAGUUGAUUAUGGGAAAGUAGCACAGCUUAUAAAAUGGAUCUCGGCAUGUAAACCGCCUGGUGCUAUUUUGUGCUUCUUACCAGGAUGGAAUGACAUCACAAAGGUGCAGAGUAUGCUCGAAGAUACGUCGCUAUUCACCGAAAAACAUUUAAUUUUGCCUAUGCAUUCCAAAAUAUCACACAACGAACAGCGCAAAAUAUUUCAACAUACACCGGCGGAUGUGCGGAAAAUUAUUUUGACCACGGACAUUGCUGAAACAGGUAUUACGGUUAGCGAUGUGGUUUACGUUGUGGAUUCUGCUGUACGAAAAGAAAUGCGAUGGGAUGAUAGCAAAGAUUUACCUCUAAUUAGCAAUCGCUGGGUCUCUCGAGCAAAUAUUCAACAGAGGAAAGGGAGAGCUGGACGAGUUAAACCUGGUGAAAGUUACCACUUAAUUUCAAAAGAAGAAUACGAAAAAUUAGAGGCACAUCCAAUACCACAAUUAUUAUGUAAUCCAUUGGACAAAGUAAUUCUCGAUAGUAAAACGUAUACGGAUGAGAAGGCAGAGAAGUUUCUGAGUGGAUUUCUGGAACCGCCUGCUCCAACUGCAAUACGAAAGGCAGUAAGGUCUUUAAUAGAUCUUGGGGUUAUGAAUGAAGAAGAGAACCUUACGGCCUUAGGUAAACGAAUACAGCUAUUUCCAACAUAUCCUAAGUUUAGUAAAGCCAUGGUAUAUUCUUCCAUCUUCAAUUGCAUGCAUCCUGUGGUAACGAUAGCCAGUACUUUCUCCAGUGAAGACAGUCUUUUUUAUAAUGUACUGGAUGAGAAGCAAAAAAUCAGGAAUAAUAAAAAAUUGUUCCAUCCGUCCAGCGAUCAUCUCGCGAUAGCGUGGCUAUUUAAACAAUGGUUCACAUAUAAUGAGAGGAGUCCGCAUUUAAUAACAAAAUUUUGUAGAGACAGAGGGCUUCGACCGCUCAAAAUGCAAAUGCAAAGUCAAAUACGAAAUACGUUUAUCCAACAGUUGAUACAAUGUCGUAUAUUGACUAAAGAUACAGUGUAUUAUGAUUACAAUAAAUCUGACAUUAUGCCAAAUAAAUUUGAAAAUAACGACGAACUGGUGCGAGCUAUAUUGUAUUCUGCUACGCAGCAAUUAAUAGAACGCAAAGACAUGGGAUUUAAAAACGGAAUCCUGAGAAAGGGCAGGAACGAACUCUGGAUACGAGGUCGCGUUAAAGCUGUAAUUUCGGGAGAAAGUGUCAAUUACAAACGAAAAAUUUGGCCGAGUUCUUUCCUAACGUAUUUUAAUGCUGCGCACUGUGAGAUAAGACGUAGUACAGUUAUUCGUGAAACAAGCAUGAUAUCACCCUUGUCAGUAUUACUUUUUAAUCAACGAAAAGUUCAAUGUUAUGAGGUUGACGAUAACAAAACAGAAAUUGUAGUUCAUGUUAACGCACAACAUAUCGUAAGAUUUAUUUGUAACAAGGAAACUGCUAAUGUGCUCUUAAAAUUUAGAGAUAUUAUGUGGUCUGUAGUACAGUACUUAUUGGAGACACAAGGAUUUAAUGAUCAUAAAUAUAAUCCCAAUUCAACACAAAUAUUUGAGUACAAAGAGAAAUUAUUAGAAACUCUUGCAAAAACUUUGCACGUGACGUCUGAGUCUAUAGAUUCUACAGAAGAUUCUUUAAGUAUAGCUUAAAUAAAUACAAUAUAAUAAACGUGUACAUAAUAAUAAUUUUAAAAUACUGUAAUCUAUUUCAAACGAUAUAGACUUGUGUUUUAUUUUUAUUGUUGUGUGCCUUUUAUAUGUAUAUUAUUUGUAUAAAAA